AUGAACACGGGCUGGGGCAUCCGUGUUGUCGAAGGCGUCAACUGGGGCUCUGUGACUUACCUUGGACUUAUUCAGGUCAGUUUCAGUGCUGUUGCGGGAGUUGUUUACAGCGCCGUCACCCACGACGUUGGAGGAGGCUUUAGCAUAGCUGCGUUCCUGGGCAUGCUGCCGACAUUGGGUAUACUUUUGGUACAGCUGAAACCGGUUGUGUAG